AUGAAAUGGAAGCGAUCCAAGAAAGGUUACCAGGAAUCAAAAUCAAAGAGUCAAGGGUCGAGCAAAUCAAAAAUUACAGAAGACAUUAUUGAACGAUCACCAGAAGGCGUUUUAAAGAAAAUUCAAACAUCAACGCAGUUGGAAAACAUCGAACCACAAUUUUCACAAAGGAUAUUUCUAAGUAAUAAUAAUUUCAAUGAAAAAAAUAAUCCAUACAUUUUGGGAAUAGCAUGA